UGUUGAUUUAAAAUAAAAAUUAUUUGUGUAAAAACUUUUGCACUUUGUAUUUACUAUAUUUAUUAAACACAAUGAACGAAGCUAUAUGAAUCUAUGCCUUGUUUACCUUUAAUAUUCCUUGAGAACCGAUGACUACAGAAAUAUCUACCCAUUCACCAGAGCAAAGCCGGGUUUUCAUCAAGUUCUAUAAUAUUUUCAUCCAUUAAAAUUUCAUAAAUUCAUUAACAAGUAAAGAGACUAUAUUACUUUUAUAAUAUGUUUUUGCAUAGAUAUCCCUAGAGAUGAAUCGGACUACAUUUCGGCUAAAAACAGUGAGGCAGUGGUUCUAACCCGAUGGCAAUAUCCAGUUCACGGGCACAGUUUUAUUGUAUUUCGUCAAGACUAUAAUAUGGGCAACUUUGCAAUUAAAGAUGCACAGAUUAACAGUCCCAUUAUCCGUUUCGCUCCCUGGUUCAAAUCAUCAUCAACGCCCGUAGAGUAUUAUUUCAAACCUCGGAUGCAAUCUACGGCAUAUAAUUGUUCGACGUAUGACGUGCACCAGACCCAUACAGUAGGCGAGUGGCGGGAUGCAGAAUGCCAGCUUUCUGAGAUGCCAGAGCCGGGGCGGUUGGCGCUCUGCACUUGUUCUGCAAGGACGUCGUGCUACACAGCUCAGUAUAUAAUUCACGACACAGGUACCACAACAACGCAGCAUUAUGCGACAACUCUCACGCCCGCGGACGUAAUUAAGGAAAUUACAGACGAUAUCAAAAACCUAUUACAGAAUCCUCCAAUAUAUAUAACCGAUGUAGACGAGAUUUUUGAUAAGAUUAAUAUGCUUCUAAGUACAGACGAGGCUGUAGUCUUCCCAGGUGAACUGUUACAAUUGAUUGAGGAACUUGGUAUGACAAUUGAUUUAAAAGGCUCUCUGAGUGACAUGAUAGUGAAGGAACAAAUAGCUUUAUUGAUGGCGGAUGCUGGGGAUUUAUAUCCUGUUAGAGGGUUGAGAGUAGCUAGUACAGAUGUUGACAUAUUUGUACGUGAAGCAUUUGAGAUUUUAUUAAUGGAUGUCAAUUCGACGCACUUAACCGUGAAGGAGACUGAUGUUGUGGUGAAUCUCCCGCAGUCCGUGAUCAACAUCCCGAGACGUAUUAGCUUCACCGUAUUUAAUAACGAGCGCGCUUUCGAUUAUGAAGGUGAAUCUAUCGUUAACAGUCGAGUAGUGAGCGUUAAUGUGGAGAAUUACACACACUUCGAAUCUGGAGAGGUAGUCAGGAUACAUUUUACAUCUAUAGAAGAACCAGAACGAGACCAGAGACGAUCUUGUGCUUAUUGGCACUUUUUGGAGAACGGCACUGGCUAUUGGUCACAAGAGGGCUGCACUUUUAUCAGCUCAAAUAAUCCAGACAUUUUAGAUUCAUGUCGUUGCGACCAUUUAACACAUUUUGCGGAGAUUUUAAUACCUCGACCUGUCUUCUCUGAAGGCAAUGAAAAUGCAUUAGAAAUUCUAUCUGUUAUCGGUUGCUCUUUGUCUAUUUUUGGUAUAUUUUUCAUACUACUCACAGCUGCUGUGUUUGAAACUUGGCGUUCUAAAUUUCGCAAUCAAAUUUGGCUUCAGUUGUGCAUAGCGUUAUUAAUAUUAUCAAUUUGUUUUUUAAUAAUCGUACAUGUGAAAUACUUAUAUUUCAGUGCUUCAUGCAUGUUCGUUGGUAUCGUUUUGCAUUACUCUGUAUUAGCUUCAUUCUGUUGGAUGUUUGUGGCCGCAGCAAUUGCUUACAAAGACACAAUACCAUUCGGAAAGCAUAUAACACAUAAAGUAAUGAAGACUUCAGCUUUUUCUUGGGGAGCUCCUAUCGUGAUCAUCGGUAUACUUCUUAUAUCUGCACCACGGUCGUACGUCGGACGUUUUGAAGACAUGACCCCCACUGGUAGUUUUUGCUAUCCUUCAGGCCAAGGAUUAUGGUUGUCUGUACUCAUGCCUAUAUGUUUAACAUUAUUGAUAAAUGUAAUAGCCUUUUUCUAUAUGAUAAGAGUCAUUUACAAAAGCGAGCAAAAUACAAAAUUAGGAAAACAAAAAGCGAGUUACCGUAAAGUGGCCUUGAAGUGCACGAGUACUGCGUUUGUUUUAAUGUUCUUAUUCGGCUUACCCUGGAUAUUUGGACUGUUUGCCUUUAAUAUUGUAGCAGCCUACUUGUUCACUAUUACCGUCACUAUUCAAGGAUUUGUUCUUUUCUUAUUUAUUGUAUGCGGUUAUGAUAACACUAGGAAGGCUUGGAUUAACAAACUACAAUCCAUAUUUAACACAACAUCUAGGAACGUAUCUAAAUUCGUUAGUUCUACCACUCAUUUAAAUUAGUUUCUUAAGUUCAGUUUUAUACAUUGUUGUAUUUUUUUAUUCCUAAUUUAAGAGCCGCGCUCUUAUCGGUGGACUAUUGGUAUUUUCCACGAUCUUCCAUCAGGCUCUUUAGUUGUUUAUACGACACGACUCCAACUUUUUCUCUAAUCUGUUUGCUUUAACGGUGUCUUGGUCUUCUCCUUACCCUUCCUUAUAUUUUUUAAGAAUAUAAAAUUAUAUAUAUCUACUGCUUUUGUCUUCCAUUCAACUUUGUUUAUAUUUUUCUUCGAAAGGGCAUUCUAUUAUAUUCUAUUCAAAUUCAUGAAAUGGUGCAAAUGUUGAAGUGAUAUAAAUAACAACAAAUAUUAUGUGAGUAAAUAAAUAUCACAAUAAGUCGAUGUACAGAUUAUAUUAUAUGUAUCAACUUAGGGUGCAGAUACAUUUAUUCCUAGGGUGUUGGUCUGUAUAUAUAUCGGCGCUGGCUUGAUUCGGGAAUAGUCUCGUCACAACAUCUUUGUAAAUAAGUGUGAUGACAGGAGCGGUGGCGAGAGAAACACACACAGUA